AUGGUCCACCUACAGUCAGUCAGCGGUUGCGGCAUUCUGGACAUCAAGUGGCGAAGCGAGGGUUUUCUUGGCCGGCGAGCAGAAGCAGACGAGCAGGAAGAAGAAAUAGCAGAUCUGAGGGAGCGAAGAGAGAAUGUUGCUGAGCGAGGGAAUUCGACUGAGCAGAUGCUGCUGGCAGCAGCAACUGCUGAUGGGACCGUAGAUCUGUACGAGAUGCAGGGAGGACCGAUCGCCGCUGCACCUCCAAGCCUAUCACUGUACAGCCGAAUUCCUUUUCCUCCCUCCGAUCCUGCCGAGCCUGACGCCAAACCUACGAUGUGCCUUGCGUUGGAUUGGUGGACGGCUGGGGAAUCCGAGGCAGGAAGCGGGAACCGGGAGGAGCAGGAGGCAGAUGCAGGGGAGAGCGGGAGCGGGGAGACUGAUGAGGAGGGAGCGGGAGAGAGAAGGAUAGCAUGGGGUGUGAGGAGGGAUCGGAUCGCUGUAAGUCGGUCGGAUGGAUCGCUGGCGGUGGUACGGCAGGGAGAGGGUGGUGCGUGGGUGGCAGAGCACGCAUGGCCAGCACACGAGUUCGAAGCAUGGACAUGCUGCUUUAACAUCUGGAACCCUGAGGUGGCGAUGAUUGUGCGAUGUGUGCCUGGGACCUCCGUACACAAAUUCCCUCCCCCACUUCAUCCCCGCUCUCUCCAUCCUCCUCGUGGCCUGCAUGGCGCAACAUCAAGGCACACCAAGCCGGGGUCACGUCUCUCCGCUGCUCUCCCCACUCUCCGCAUCUCCUCGCAUCUGGGAGUUACGAUGAGUCGGUAA